GGCUAAGCUCGCAGACCGAUCGCGCUUCCAAAGUCCUGCGAACAGGCGUCAGAGCAGCGCAAAACAGCAGUGGGAUAUCCCUCUGGCAUCCUCCAGUGAGUUGGGCAUGAAGCAGCCUGGGAUGGAUUCGGUGCUCGACGGCGCCGUGAUGCGGGUGGAGCAGGAGGCAGGCAGCCUUGUCAGCGAGAUCGGCAGGAGGAGGGAUGGCAUGCUGUCGAGGAGAUCCAGGCUCGAAGGUCAGAUCUCGCCGAGGAAUGAGGAAACACAUGGAGACGCCGGCCGGCCUCCCGUUGGCGGAUCUGCUGACUGUCUGUGCGCGCGUGUGUGUCUGUGUGCUUCUGCAGAGGUGGUGGCACGAGCGUGUCCCGAUUUCCGCGAACAGGGCGAGCGGAGCGAUGUGGACGUCCUGCGGCUGAACGUGGGGGGGCAGCCGUAUGAUGUGGAGAGGUGGAUACUGACGUGCGUCGACGAAAGGUGAGUGUUGAUGGCUCAAUGGCUUGUCCAUGCACUUCCUCUGUUGUGUCUGCUGUCUGUCAGCCCUCUGUGUCGGCUCUUCUCUGGCCGUUGGGAGCAUCGGCUGCUGAAGGACGGCGAAGACGACAGAUACUUCCUCGAUCUCGACCCUGGUACAAAGAGAAGAGCCGCACCACCACACAAUGAGUGCUCAUGCUUCCCUGCCCUGUGAUUCUUUCCUGCCAGGCAUGUUCCGUUUCGUGAUUGAGAAGAUCAUCCAAGUCGACCUCGGCUACGCCAGCCUGCCACUGCCACCAGGAGCCAGGAUGCGGCAGCACCACCACCAAACAGCGACCUCCUCCCAUCGCCCCUCAUCCGUGCCGCCACGUCCGCCUACCGUGCUCAGCCCCCGCCCACACAAGCCGCAAGACGUGCUGGCAUGCGGCGAAGACAAGUCGGUGGUGGAGUUCUACUUGGGGCUGUUUGGGCUGGACUCGUGGCUGACAGCCAACUCGCCCGCCACGCCACAGCCGAUCCACAUCGACCACCGGGCGCCGCAUGCGUCCUACAGUGCCUACGGUGUGACCGCUCCCACGAGUGGGAUUGUGGUGCCUGAGGGUGGGCAGAGCUCCGGCGGUGUGGGGAGGAGAGUCACGCAAGACCAGCCGUGGUGAGUGAGCGGAGGGGUGGGUCCGGUGACGGUGAAUAACAUGCUCCGGGGACUGUGUGUCAGGAGCAACUUCCUCGACUCGUUGAAUGAGCUAGAGAAGGAGCUGGAGGGCCGUGAGCGUCGGUGGGUCGAUGAGGUCCAGACGGUGACGCCGUUCCUCGCCAAACCACCCAAGGGGCUGAUGCCGACCGGACACGAGCAGCUCGAGACACUCGAUGACGGCGAAGACGGUGAGCUGACGAGGAGCAUGGUGGGCCUGCUGGUUUAAUUGAUGUAUGUGCGUGUGUGUGGGUGUGUGUGGGUGCAGACAAGGUCAUGUCUGUGAUGGUGAUGCCGCUUGGUGUCCGUGUGUCGACCGCUCUGUCCACCCUGACGAACAUCGGAGAGAACAGCGCCAUCUACAACAGAUUCUGCAAGUCAGAGCGACUGACCCACUCGUCGACAACAGUGCCCCCCUCACGGUGCUCCUGCAUCUUAUUCUGUCUGCCAGGUGGAGCGGCCCCUUGCGAGACGUGGUGCCGAGCCACUUUCAAAAGGUCCGCAGCAGUGUGUCUGUCUGCCAUCUUGCUCUGCCCAUGGUGCAUCAUCCAUGGCACGUGUGAGUGCAGGUGGUGGAUUUCUGCCGUCGCCAGCGGCUCACUGCCCACCGGACAGGCACCGAGGUGGCCCCUCCACGUGUGCGGCCCGAGGAGUGGCGCGCCUUCAGAGAAGUGCUGGGCAUGUAUGGGCUCGAAGAGGUCAGCCACAGGGCAGGACAACACACACAGCACCAUGACCUCAUGAUGAAGGCGAACACUCCUGUGGUUUGUCCUCCUUGUUUGUUUCUCUCAUGGGCCAGAUGGCGACUGACGGGGGCGGUCUGUCGAGCACGAUCGAGGUCAAGGUGAGCGACUCGUGCUCCUUGCUGCACGACGGCUUCCACCUAACGUGCAUCGGCCACUGGCUCACACACCCGCGCAAACCAGUCAAUGACACCGAGGGCAUGAAGGCCGUUAGCGUGUCCCUCAAGCUGCUCUACAAGUGAGACGAAUAUCAUAGUGCAGACGCUCCACGUGUGCCCACGCUCUGUGUGUGUGUGUGUGUGUGUGUUUGGUGCGUCAGCCCGUCUGACCGAGGCUGGAGUCGUGACUCAUUCAUCGAGCGCUGCGCUGACAGGGGGCCCACAUUGAUCGUGUUCAGAUCUGGCGACCAUGUAAGACACAUUAGAGGACACAGCAGCACACACACGCACAUCCAUCCCCCCUUGUCCUUUUUGGCAGCUGUACGGCGGCUAUGCUGAGCAGCCGUGGAGCGACCCUAGAGGCCACGAGACCUCCUCCCUCUGCCCAAACUCGUUUGUCUUUUCCCUCGACGGCAUCCGCAGCACCCCCUUCAGGGUAUACCCUGCUGAGGACGGCCGCGGGCAGUCACCCGGCCUCAUGGAACUCUUCCUGGACCACAACACAUACGUGCACUUCAGACCUGGUGGGUGCGUCGGAGAGAGAGAGAGAGAGAGAGAGACAACUGGUGUUGGUCUGGGCUCUGUCGAACGCCACGGCUGCGUGUGUGUGUGUGUGUGUGUGCAGAGGGUUCUGACAAGAGUUUCCUGAAGAUCGAUUUCGGCAGCCGCGAGUACGCGUGCAAGAGCUCCCUGGACAGCAGCGACGUUUCCCUGCCCUUCUCGUGGCCCCUCGGACACACACACUCCCUCUGCCCCGUCCACUGGGAGGAGAUCUGGUAACUGACCAACCGACCAACGACACACAAUGCAUUUGGCUUUCAUGUGUUUAUGUGCGUGUGUGCGUGUGUGUCAGGUGUCGCGCAGAGGAAGCCGUGGUUUAUGGCGUGUCGAUUGAGUACGCCAAGACAGACGAGUGUGACGAUGGGAGGAGUGCUGCUCCGACGGAGCCCGUGGCUGAUGAGGCAGCUGUGGCGGCUACUGAGACCGCUGCUGCUGACGAGUGAAUGGACUGGGGUGUAUGUGUGUGUGUGUCAAUUUCAUGCAGUCCUUGUUCUGUGAUCUUUGUCGCUGCCCUUGAUGGCAUACACUAAGUUUUAUGAGGUGAUUCUUUCGUGUUUGCUGUCAGGGAGUUUGGGGGCAUUAAGUGUACUUACUGAUCAGUUUUUGUUUGUAUAUUGCACACUACGCGUGCCGCUUCAUGAGGGGAG